GGGGGUGAAGGUGUCUGUCUGAAAGGGUCGUUGACGUUGCGGUUGCGGCGUUUCCACUUCCACCACCUCCACCAGGCAUCGGCGCAGUCCAGCCCACCACGCCGAGGAGCGCUACUUCCGUUCCGCAGAGGGCGACAAGGCAGCAGCCAGCCAGCCAGUUAGCCGGCGGAGGUCCAGACACAAAAGACUGGGUCCCGGUUCUUCUCCAAUCCAAACCGGAAUGUCGGAUGAGGAUUCUCGUGCCAGCACCAGCUCUUCGUCGUCGCCGCCGUCGUCCAGCCAAAGCAGACAGAAGGACACGUCUUGCAAGAAGAAGCGUGAGAGCAAAGCCAGCAUGAGCAAGACCUCCAAGCUGCUUUCCACCAGCGCCAAAAGGAUUCAGAAAGAGCUGGCUGACAUCACACUGGACCCUCCACCAAACUGCAGUGCGGGCCCCAAAGGAGACAACAUCUAUGAGUGGAGGUCCACCAUCUUGGGACCGCCGGGCUCCGUGUACGAGGGCGGCGUCUUUUUCCUGGACAUCGCCUUCACGCCCGACUACCCCUUCAAACCCCCCAAGGUGACUUUCCGCACUCGGAUCUACCACUGCAACAUCAACAGCCAGGGUGUGAUCUGUCUGGACAUCCUGAAGGACAACUGGAGCCCCGCCCUCACCAUCUCCAAGGUGCUGCUGUCCAUCUGCUCCCUGCUCACAGACUGCAACCCAGCCGACCCUCUGGUGGGAAGCAUCGCCACCCAGUACACGACUAACAGAGCCGAACAUGACCGAACAGCCAAACAGUGGACCAAGCGAUACGCCACAUAAACCUGCAGGGGGCGACAGUGAGAGAUAGGAGGCGGUGAGGAGGAGGAAGGAAAAAAAAAAAAGCGGAAGGAGUGGUGGGGGUUUCUGGUGG